ACCGCCUGCCUCCAAGAUUUUCCAAGAUGGCGCUGUCCAAGUUUGUUGGAUUAGUGCAUAUUAUUUGGUUUUUUUUAAAGAUAUACACAUUUGGGUUUGCUGCAUUGGUUCGUCAGUUUCUGCAAAGACAUCGAAUUCAAGAGUUGCACUUGAGAAAUGGAAAACUUGCUGUUGUGACUGGUGGAACAAGUGGGAUUGGAUUUUAUGUCUCAUUGGGACUAGUGUCCAAAAAUGUCCAUGUAGUUAUAGGUGGUCGCAAUAUUCAGGAAGGCAAAGAGGCCAUAGAAAAAAUUAGACAAGAAUACCCAAAUGCAAAAGUUGACUUUCUACAUCUAAAUCUUGCCUCAUUAAAAUCAGUUCAGGACUUUGUUGAAAACAUAAAAGCCAGGUGUUCCAAUGUUCAUAUACUGGUGAAUAAUGCUGGUGUGAUGUUUGCAAGUUAUGAAGAAACUGCUGACAGUUUAGAAAGUCAUUUCCAAGUGAAUUACCUAGGACAUUUGUACCUCACUCAAUCUUUAAUGGAAAUUUUGAAGAUAUCAGGAACAGAUGAAUUCUAUAGUCGUAUCAUCAAUGUUUCAUCCAUCGUCCACAAUAUUGGAUCACUAAAUCUACAAAACUUUGAGGGAAGGUGUUUACCUUGGUGGGAAUAUUCACCUCAUGCAGCAUAUGCAAACUCGAAGCUUUAUAUCACACUCGCUUCCUGGUGCCUUAGUAAACAACUUAAACAUGAGAAUGGAAGAGUGACUGUAAAUGCUCUGCACCCUGGGAUUGUAGAUACCCCCCUUUACAGACACGUCCACUGGUCUAUCAAAUGGUUCUUGAACUGUUUGGCGAGUUAUACAUACUUAACACCAUUAGAAGGAGCUGACACAGUUCUGUAUAUGGCCUUAUCAUCAAAUGUGGAGAGAGAGACUGGUGUUUAUUAUGAUAACUGUAAGCAACAGAAGACUUGCCAACUGUCCUACAGUGAUGAUGUCAUCAAAAAAAUGUACAAUAUUUCAACAGACAUUAUAUCGAGCAGAGUUGAAUGUAAAAAAUCCUUUAAAAAGUAACAUGCUCAUUGUGCGAAACUUUGAAUUGUAAAUAUAAACAAGAGUUCCACAAGGUGGGACAUAUCCCUUCGUAA